UUCCAGUUGAAAAGAGGAAAACUGAGCACUGUGCCGGCUUGUCAUGUCAAACUUAUUCAACCAAUAGCUGAACAGUGUAGUGUAAAGACGAGUGGUGAUUGGACGGCUUGUCUUUGGUUUGGAGAAAAGUUUGGAAGGCCGUCCCAUCACAGACGCGGAUUGAAAUGUAAGCCUGUCCUCCUUGCCAUCAGGAAACACAAGGCGAUUUUGCCUCCCUCACAACUAAUCGCUAUCGUAUCUGCGUCAGCCGAUCGAUUUUUCCCCGUUUCGACUGCAGGCCUUUAGAGACCUAAACUGGAACCGAAGCUGUUCAGAGGACAUCACUGUUGGGGUUUCUGUUUGUCAUCGGAGGCGUACGCGCAAUGGAACCAGCCUUUGGGGAGGUGAACCAGCUCGGUGGUGUAUUUGUAAACGGAAGACCGCUACCCAACGCCAUCCGCCUCAGGAUUGUAGAGCUGGCACAGCUGGGAAUCAGGCCGUGUGAUAUCAGCAGGCAGCUGCGGGUCUCUCAUGGCUGUGUGAGCAAGAUUCUGGCCCGCUAUAAUGAGACGGGUUCCAUUCUGCCCGGCGCUAUCGGCGGCAGCAAACCGCGAGUCACCACUCCUACCGUAGUCAAGCACAUUAGGACUUACAAGCAGCGGGACCCGGGUAUUUUCGCCUGGGAGAUUCGGGACAGACUGCUGGCCGAUGGCGUGUGUGACAAAUUCAAUCUGCCCUCUGUCAGCUCGAUUAGCCGGAUCCUGCGCAACAAGAUCGGGAAUCUGUCGCAGCAGAGCCAGUAUGAGCCGAGCAAGCAGACUUCUCACCCUCAGCCGCAGCCCACGCUGCCCUAUAACCACUUAUACUCUUAUCCGACUCCGAUCGCAGCCACAGGGACUAAAGUACCAACUCCCCCUGGCAUGGCCGCUCUUCCGGGACAUAUGGCUAUGCACAGAAUAUGGCCCUCUUCUCAUUCUGUCACAGAUAUACUUGGCAUUCGAUCAAUAACGGAACAGCAAAUUAGUGACAGUGCGUCCUUUCCCAGCGCCAAACUAGAAGAAUGGAGCGCAAUAAACAGGAGUAAUUUCUCCUCAGCGAGAUCUCAACUAGUCAGUGGCGUGGAUAAGCCUCACUUAGAAGCUGACGCGAAAUACUCACAGACGCCGAAUGGAUUGCCCACAGUGAACAGCUAUGUCACAGCUCCCAGCAUCCAUCCCUACCAUCCUCCCACCCAAGUGUCGCCUUACAUGGGGUACAGCGGCACCACGUCGGCCUAUGUGACCGGCCCCACAUGGCAGCCACCCAGUGGCAGUGUUCACUCUCCCCACAGUUGUGAUAUCACUGCCCCGUUGGCUUUCAAGAGUAUGGCAGCCGCCCGGGACUCUAUGCACCCCGUCACUGCCUCUGCUGUCUGAUUUAGAGCAGGAGGACAGCAUAUGUGGGACAGGACUUCCCAGAAAAGCCAAUGCUGGAUGGACUAAUGUCAGCCCUCUGAUAUAUUUAUGAAUGACUUGCCUGAGGAGUCCAGCUCUUCCCUGGUUUGAUCCCCAUAGACUGUAUGUUUGCUAGUGAGUGAGUGAGAGAGAGAGAGAGAGAGAGGGAGAGAGAGAGAGAGAGAGAGAAAGAGAAAGAGAAAGAGAGAGUCAGUGCUAGUUCUUUCUGUCCAUGGUGCAGAGGAGAGUGUCGUCAUAGACCAUGUUGCAGAUCAGAGCAGAUUGAACCUUCCUCAACGAAAGGAUUUCUUGCUAGCUCAACUUCAGUGAUGUUCUUUCUGUGAAUAUAUAUACUGAAUAAGCAUUAUGUAAAAGAACUGGUCAGUCUGCAGUUAAGUGUUUCAGGGUGUUAUUAAUAACUAAAGUUCAGAUGUUUUGCUUUUGUUAUUGUCACAAUUUGAUAAAAAUACAAUUUUUAGGAUACCAAUUUCACUUCUCAUCUAUUGUAUACCAGAGCUUUUGGGAGAAGUUAUUCCAGUUAUUUAUUAGUCUGUAAGGUACGUUGAAUGCUGUGCAAUUAUUACACAUCAAUGCAAGCAGAGCCAGUGUGAGACAGUGAUGCACAUUCUGACAUCACCAGCAUUCAUUCAUGCUACAUUAAUGACCAGUGAAGCUGCACACUUCCAAAGGUUGCACAAUGAAAUUGAAUGUAUCUUAUUAAAUGAGACAAAUGACAGACCUCAA